AAGGUCAUGGAGGUCAGGCAAUUUCUCUCAUGACCCAGUACGAUGUAACAAGAGUUAAAAAUAUAGAGAAUGAUAUCAAAACUGAAUUUGUUGAGUAUCCCAUAGAUGAGGAUAAAGCAUUGAAAAAUUUAAGUGUCGUAACAAUGGCUAAGAGAGAAGUUGAUAUAAAACUAAGUGAAACUGAUUUUGGUAAGAAAAGGCGUACCAAUAUCUUAAAAAGAAAGCAGCUCUUAAUGAAACAUAAGAUGUUAAAGAAGAAAAGAAAACAAAGUAAAAAGAACAGCAACUCAAAUUAGAUCAAUUUAUUUAUUGCAAGAAGUAGUGUGUGGUCUAACUAUUUUUCAAGUUAAAACCAAUCAUCUGUGUUAAUAUUCAUGACUCAGCUUAUGAGGGGAGUGGCUGUGUAGUGUUUAACUGAUAACCAAAUGCGAGCUUUUUCUCAGUUUUCAGAAGAUACUAUGGAUGAAAAUAGUGCGGGGAGUGAAGAAAGUCAAGUACAAGCAGAAGAGAGACGUCCUUCUCUCCUCGCCCGUUUCUUUAAAUCAGGAGAUCUGCCCUAUCCUCGCCGUAUAGCCUAUGGAAUUGGUCAUGUCUUCAAUGACUUAUGCGCUUCAAUGUGGUUUACCUACUUCCUUCUCUUCUACCAUCUCGUUUUACGGAUUGAUAAUACUGAUGCUGGUCUCUUGGUUCUCAUUGGUCAGAUUGCCGAUGCCCUAACCACACCUGUCGUAGGACACUUCUGUGACAAUACUUCAAAUCGUUACGGUGGUCGUAAAACAUGGCACUUGAUUGGUACCGGUAUGGUCGCUUGCUCGUUAUUCUUUUUCUGGCACGAGUGCAUUUAUUGUUCCAUGCAACCGAUGAAAUAUCAGAUAUUAUAUUUCUCGUGUUUCAUUAUUGUUUUUCAAGCUGGUUGGGCUACGGUACAGGUCUCACACUUGUCUUUAAUACCAGUACUUACUUCUGAUAAAAGUAUUAGGGUUGAACUUAAUUCAAUUAGAUAUGCUUUCACCAUUUUAUCUAACUCAGGUGUCUUUAUAGUAGUUCUUGUCCUCCUAUCAUCGGUCAAUAAAUCAAGUCAGAUAACACCCAAUGACCAGUGGCUAUUCUCAGGGACUGCUCUUGGUAUUAUCGUGGUUGGUUUAUCAUUUGUGUUCAUGUUUCAUGUUGGUACCAAGGAGCCCUCUAAUGGAGGUCAUGGUUCGGCAGCUAGUGAUCAGCCCACUAACAAUCGGUUGCCUUGGUAUCGCUGGUUCUUAAAUCCAAAGUUUUAUCUGGUUGCUCUCAUAUAUAUGUCUAGUAGAUUGAUAGUCAAUCUAACCCAAGUCUAUAGUCCUUUGUACAUGAUUGACUCUUUAAAAAUGUACAGGUCCAGUGUUGCUAUCAUUCCAUUGGUAAUAUACUUCAGUGGACUAAUAGCAACUUUCUUUAUGAAGCGAUUGAAUGAGUUUGUGGGCAGAUAUGUAAGUGUGAAUGAUUAUUAUCUGGGUUUCCCACUCUGA